CAUUCAUCGAGACUCUGCUAUCGAUAUCUAUUAGCUAUCGUUAAGCUUAAUCAGCUGGGUGUGCGGGAAUGUCCCUUGAUUUUGGAGAUGCUGGAGCAAAAACAAAUUAUAAAUCACGUAGUUUAUAAUCGUACAGUAAUAACAAAUAAAAUUUAAAAAAUAAUGUACUUAUAAACGCUUUUAACAGAAACAGCAAUCGUAAAAGUUAAACAAUAUCCAACAACGCGAGAAGUUAGCUUGUGUGUGUUUGUCUGGGGCACUGUGAAGGAAUGUCGGAGAAAGUACCUGCUGCCGCAACUGCUUCGCAGUCGAUGGAAUGCGCAAGAUUGAGAGAAUUUAAAGGUUUCUUGAGUGAUUUAGUACGAGAAUCGGUGAAUAAUGCUGCAAGCGCCGGUGAACCUACGCGUAUCAGCAUUUCCCGUAGCAGUAAUGAAACAUAUCCGGUGCGCUCACAGGAAGUGCCCGCUGAAAUAAUUAUGUCCGUAUGGAAUCAUCUUCAAUUAAAGCAAUGUCCGCGAUUUUUCCAACUACCCAUAUUGCGUAUUGUUGCCGCAGAAGUUGAAGAAGGGUGCCGCAAUGCCAAGGAAUGUGAGUUCAACGCCAGCGGAAAACAAGAUCAAAACAAACCGAAAACAGCAACAGAUACGGGCAUCGUUUAUGAUUUGGUAAAACUACAGAAGUAUGUUGUGAACAAUUUGGAAAAGUUACUCACCCGUUUGACGGAUAAUACAGAGGCAGGCAAUUUGCAAAAUUAUGCAGAAAAAGAUGCACUGUGCGCAGAUGGUUCAAAAUGUACAUGCCAUAUAGCUGCAUCACCGCUUCCCACUGCUUACACAGUUGGUCACAUUAAAAAUAAGCCACGUAAAAUGGAGGAUCGACAUGUUUGUUUAGAGCGCUUUAGUGAUUUAUAUGAAUUAAAGCAACCGUACAGCUUUUAUGGUGUAUUCGAUGGUCAUUCAGGGCCGUUGGCGGCCAGUUACGCAACAAGCCAACUGCCAUACCUACUAGCCGAAAGCUUGAAAACCACAACCAAUGAGCUGGAUGAUGUAAAAUCUUAUCGCGAAGCUUUUGAGCAUUCCUUCUUACAAACAGAUAAAAUGUUCACACAAAAAGGCAUUUCCAGUGGUACAACUGCGGUUUGUAUGCUAUUGGCACAACGCGAACCACCAUCGUACGGGCAUUUAUAUGUCGCAUGGGUAGGCGAUUCGAAAGCAUUACUCGUUAGUCCCACGGUAAGUUUACAAUUAGUUAAACCACAUAAACCAGACGCGCCCGAUGAACGCAAGAGGAUCGAAAUG